UCAGAAGUAUAGUUAUUGAGGAGGCUAAAUGCGAAGACAUUAAAUAUGUGGAUUCAUUUGUGGUAAUUAUAUUUGGAACACCGGAUAACUUCACAUUUGACUACAUACCGACUUCUUUAAAUGACACAAAUGCACCUUUGCUGACAGGAAAACCAAAACUUAUAUACGCCAUAGGUGAUGACAGCAUAGUAGGUCAAGUAGACCAAGCUGAAGAGAAGCAUUCCGAUCCAGACAUUUUAUCAGUGUCAACAGGUUUUAAUGGAAUAAUAUUCUACAUAUUCAUUCUAUGCAAAUUUGCACACGAGCUAUCGGCAUACAACAUUUGGAAACUGAUGUUACAAAAUGCGAGGCUCCAUAGAUUUGCAGCAUCGACACAUUGUACAAUGAAGAAAGAGUUUUACUUUUUCCCUGGACUAACUUCAUCUGUGUUUCCCGACGAAAUUGAGAUUAUGCAUCCUGAAGAUAUGCAGUUAUAUAAGAAAAUGUUGGAAAAGGGAAAAGUCAAAACAUAUAAUAUACGACUGAUGUUUGUUGGCUUGUAUGGCGCGGGAAAAACGAGUACAGCACGACGCAUUUUGGGAAAGGAAAUUGAUGACGUUACAAGUACUGACGGAAUAGAUGUACAUACUGGAAGAUGUAAAAUAGAUAUCAGAAAUAGAAAAUGGAAGAUAUACAAUGAUACUACAGAACAUUUGACGCAUAAAAAACUUAAGACCCUACACUUUGCUGACGAAGCAACACAGGGUCAGCUUCCAGACAUUAAAAACUUAGAAUUUCAAGAACCAAAAUUACUAGCAGACAUAGUUAAAGACAAAACUUGUGCGAAAAAUAUCGAAGACGAAUAUAACCUUCAUUCACAAAAAUUGUAUAGUUCGAAAGGUUUAAGCAAAAAACGGGUAAUUGAUGAAUGUGAAGGUACAGCUAAUGACGAUAGUGCAUCGAGCUCAACCUCAUCAAGGUCAUCCAGUUUAUUGGGAACAAGUGAAUGUCGAAGAAUGAAUGUGCGAUCAACACCUCUCUCAAGUUUAUAUUCUUUGAAUUCAACCGAACAUUUUGAAAUUGUAAACGAUGAAACGGGAAGCAUGAAGAGAGCUCGAAAAGCCCUUAAAACUGAUACAGCAAAUAUAGGAAGACAAUACUCAGAAGCUAUAGUUUCACUAUGGGACUUCGCUGGUCAGUUUGUUUAUUAUGCAACUCAUCAGCUCUUCUUUAGUCAACGAUCGAUAUAUCUUCUUGUUUUAAAUAUGGAGGACGAUCUUGAUAAAACCUUAAACGAUUGGUAUAUGGAUAUAAGAGGGAAACAAUCAAUUGAGACUAAAGGUGGUAUCAACUUCUGGUUAAGAUCUAUUUUCACAUACGCAAAAGGAUCGUCGUAUGGCAUACCUCCGAUCGUAAUUGUGGGUACACAUAGCGACAAACUCACAGGGAAUGAUUCAGAGAAAACAGUUAAGGCAAAUAUGUAUUUUAGAAAGAUAAGAAACGUUUUCCAAGGAUCGCCACACUUAAGUAAUAUUCGGCACGAAUUUUUCCUUUUAAACAAUACAAUAGAAGAUAAGGAGUUAGAAAGGUUGAAAGAUACAAUAUUAUCUAUCUCAGAAACAAUGCCGUACUGGGGAGAAUUGAUUCCAGCUAAAUGGCUUGAACUCGAGCAAGUUCUUGAUGAGAAGCGAUUAGAGGGGAAACAGUUUAUAACUAUGAAACAACUUGUACAACUUGAUAACACACUUGCAAGUCCUUUGAAAGAAAAAAAACAGCUUCAGAUUUUCCUCAAGGCGCAUCAUGAUACGGGCUCUAUCAUCCACUUCGGUGAUUCUGACAAAUUAAACAAGUUCAUCAUUCUGCAACCCCAAUGGAUCAUAAAUGCCUUCAGAAGUCUCAUUGGCGCAACAGAUUUUAGAACAAAGUAUGGAAAUUUACAGAGUCAAUGGGAAGAAUUCAAUGAAAAUGGAAGACUCACACCUGAGUUUGCAAGGCAAAUUUGGAAAUUGGAUGAGGAAAAUAGCUUUUUAAAAAAUUCUGAUCUUCUUCUUGAUGUUCUGGAGGAACUAGAUAUCAUUGCAAUAGCAUCAAUACUGACUGAAGAUGGGGAAGCUGCUAUGAAACUGGAUUUUUAUUACGUUCCAUGUAUGCUCAAAGAAAUCCCACCAAUCACCUUACUACAAAAGCAGGAAAGAAUUGGAUCGUUCAGUACACCUGUUCUGUGUUUGAGCUUUUGUAAUGACUUUAUGCCUCCAGCAAUCUUCUACCGUGUUGUAGCAUUGUGUAUAGGCAAGUGGCCAAUAGCUAAGAACGGAAAGAAGAUGUUGAUGUAUUGUGGUUGUGCUGUGUUUGAGGUUAACUACGGAAAAGGAGAGGAUCUUCAUAGACUAUAUCUGUUUAGCAGACAAUCAAAAAUUGGUUUGCGAUUAACAAGAUACAGUUCAAAGAAAGCAGGUAUGGUUGAUUCAAAUAUUUGUGACCGAGUUCGUCGCUUCAUAACAUCGGCUGUGAAGAAAGAGUUCAUGCGUUUUCAAGUUGAACAAAGUUCAGAGGAAGCACGCUAUUUUUCUUAUGAAUUACAAUGCAAGGAAACGACGGAAGACGAUAUUUUAGAGGAAGGGUUGCAUAAUGAAAAGGACCUAUUAAAUGCUGUAGGAACAGACUUCUUCUGUGCCGAGCACUCGGACAAAACUGACCCACACUCAUUAAAGCCAGUCGAAAUGCUUCAUGAAUGGUUUAAUGGAAAGAUACCUCGAGGCAUUCCUUUGGAAGGUCCAAGUGUAUUUGAUACAUGGGUCGUAAGAUUACCUGAAGAGGUGAAGCAUAGGCAUAUUACAGAGAAAACAUUGUCGAGACUGACAAACGCUAUCGGGAAAGACUGGAAAAGGCUGAUGAAAGUUAUGAAUGUCAAGGAUGUUCCAGUUGAGAAGAUAGAAGAAAACUAUCCAGAAAACGAAAGAUAUCAGAAGUUUUAUGCUCUUUACCAAUGGAAGUCAAAUAUAGACAAAGAUGGCAGAAGAGCGUCAAAUAUGGAUUUAUUGCAAGAUCUAAUGAGGGCUGCCAAGGAAGGCAUAGCCAUUGACUUUGAAGAGGCUCAGAAUGUAUUUGACGACCUGUAACUUUUAUAUUUAAUAUGGGAACUAAUUUUGUCGUCAAAGUUAACAUUCGUAUGUACAUAUUAAUAGAAAUUAUAUCAGUUUGGGAGUCAUUGAAUGGAUAAGAUGAAGAAUCAGAUUUUUUUGUUAUUUCAAAUUAAUCAAAUAUUAUCCCGUUUGGUUGUUUACAAGUAUAUAAGUUCAAAAAUAAUAAAUGAUAAUUUUUCAGUCUUCCAAUAAUAUCUGUUUUAAAAUAUGACAAACAAUGUGUAUUAAUUUGGGUAAAUUGUCCGAUUUCCUUUCCUUUUUCAAAUACGCUCUUCUUUAAAAUGCGAACGGAAACAUAUUUGCAGCCGCGGAAACACAUUAUUUUCGGCGUUUGUAUUUCAAUUCAAAUAAAGCAAAGUAACUUUUAUUUUUGUAUUUUGUCACAACAAAACCUAUAAUUAAAACAUACAUUUUAUUUUACGAAACGUUCUUUUCUGAUUACGCGGCAAGUAUUCUAUAUUAUGUAGACUUAUAAAAAUCUGGAAACAAAGUGAUCCCUCGGAAGCAUUAAUUACAACAAAAUAACAUAAGAAUUACAGACUCGAUUUGAUUGAGUCUGUACAUCAGGAAUAAUGAAUAAGUGCAACAUCCCUCACGCCCCCUAGAACCGGCUUGUGCGGUAAUCAAUUCUCAACACUUAAUAGUGCUGGCAUCAAAAAUUAUAAAGCCAUUAUCAAGCCAUUACUUGUUGAUUGGUAAUAAUAAAAAGCUUAAUCAUGGUCGCGUGGUUAAACCAAUCAGUUGGAAGAAGAUUAGAAUAAAAGAACAAAAUGACUUUUUAAACAAUCUUAAAUGCAAUAUCUCUGACAUAGACUGAAGCCCAUACAUUUUACAAAAUCUACAUAAAUCAACAGGGGCCAUUAAAACGGACGAAAUUAUGAAAGAUGCACAAUGUCAAUGAUUGUUUAAAAAAAAAAUGAGUGAAUGAUUUGAAGUUUUACACAAAAUUAUUUCGAUAGACUUGCAUCAAGUAGUAAAAAGAAUAAAACAAAAAUCUCGAAACAAAUAUUUCCAGUCCGUUAUGUCAAAGCAAGCCGCAAAGGAGUCUCUUUAAUCUUUACAACCGCCACAAGGUAAUUAUAAACACAUUAAAUUAACAUACAAACAAACAAAAAGAACACAAAAACAGCAACAACAAAAAUCAUUAAAAGUUAUUCAUAUAAAACUGUCAUCAAAAACAGCCUUUUUUCAAUUUGACACCAUACGGGUCAAUACAAUCUUUUGAAAAUAGUCAACUGGUGAUAGGUUUAUAUUCUAUUUGUUUACUUACGUUUCAUCCAUGCAUAUUUACGUAGUUCAAAACAUUCAUUAAAUACAGCAAUAAAAAGCAUGGCCAAUAUUUUAC